AAGAUGGUAAUAUAAGUACUGUUAUGUUAAUUUUACAGGGUGAAAGAAAUGUUUGCAAAGAUAAUGAAGAAGAGAAUAUAAUCUAUCCUAAAGCUACCAGAAGUGAUUGGAUAGGUCCUCCCAAUCCUGUCUCUAAUAUUCGACCAGUAGUAUACUUUAUUCGAGAAAAUGAAACAGCAGCAGAAAAGAGUUUUCGAGAAAAGAGAGUAGCAACCUUAGCAUGGAAUCAACAUUUUUGGAGGGACCAUAAUUACAGUUUUCAACAGCAAAGAGAAGAAUUUAUAAGAGAGAGAUUGAUUCACCUUAGAGCACAAGGAAAAGAAAGACAAGCAUUAACAUCUGAAGAAAUGUCAGAGUUCUACAAGAAGUUUUUGGAUGAGAAUCAUGAGAAACAUAUGAUGUACAAUUGGUCAUGGUAUUGCAAGAAUGUUGGACUUAUUUGGGCAGCUUUGAAAGCACUUGUAGCUAAGAGUGUUGGUAAAUCUUCAAUAAAAAUGAAAAAAUUAUGAAUUUCAAAAACAUUUUUUAAUUUUGUGUACCCUAAAACUGUUAAUAGUACUCUAAAACAUUUGUUUAAUUUUGUAGAACAUGUAUAAAAAUGUUUGUAGUAUUUUAAGACACAUUUGUUUAACUUGUGCAAUUAAACUGUUUGGAGUAUCUAUUUGA